AUGCCGUUACCGUUCAGCCGUGGCCAUGUAAACAAUUGCACAUCCCCGAUUCCACGGGCUCCCCACCCAGAGGCCGCAACGGGAGACGACAUUUCUGCGCUUGUGGCAUGGAUCACAGAGACAGCGGCGAGACUGGUUCUGAUGAUCCUCUACCAUGUGGCUCCAACCUGCGCCGAGAGAAGCAGUGAUGACGCAUGCGUCACGGACGUAAGUGAAGAAGAACGGGAUGGGUGUAAUGAGAUACAGCCAAAUGUCAACCCCUCGUGCGGAGACAGCUCCGGGGACACGAUGAUGGAGUCCAUCAGAGCUAUGGAUGACACGGUACGACUGGCGGAUCUAGAUACAGGAGCUGAAAGCUCCGAAGAUCAAGACGGUGACGAUAUGGAAUUGCCCGCCCAAGCUGGUGAAGGGCCAGUCACCUUUCCUCGCUCUAUAGAGGCCGCCUUUGAGCACAACUAA